GCAGUAAAUCAUUUAUACGAAUAUUCUUUAAGAUUCGUGCUGGACCAAGAUGACUUAAGCCAUCUUGAGGUCCACGCGGCAAUUUCUGGUCGAGUUCCGGAGAUCUAACACGAGGCGAGCUCUUCGACGUUCCUCCCCUCUCGUCCGUUCCGAUCUCCGUCUUCGACGUGGAAUCGUUUCUUCAUUCUUCGCUAUGGUUAGAGACUUAGAGGAGAGGGAGAGAGUGAUGGGAGGGAGAACGAGGAGGGGAAGGAGAUGUGGACUCCUCGGAUCCUACAUGCUAACCCUGGCCCUGGCGUCGUUCCUUGCGGUGGCACCGCCAGCCCGCGCAUUGCGGUUCGAGCUUCAGUCGGGCCACACGAAGUGCAUCUCCGAGGACAUAAAGAUCCACGCCAUGGCCGUCGGCAAGUACGCCGUCGUCAACCCCUCCGAUUCCGCCCCUCUCCCUGAUUCCCACAAGAUCACCGUCAGGGUGACUUCGCCGUAUGGCAAUAGCAUCCACUACGCGGAUCAGGUGGAGUCCGGUAACUUCGCCUUCACCUCGAGCGAGGAAGGCGACUACUUGGCGUGCUUGUGGGCGCCCGACCACAAUCCGCCCGCCACCAUGGCGGUGGAGUUCGAGUGGCAGACUGGCGUCACCGCCAAGGACUGGACCAACGUUGCCAAGAAGGGUCAGAUCGAUGUCAUGGAACUGGAGUUGAAGAAGUUGGAAGAUACUGUUAAGUCCAUCCAUGAUGAAAUGUUUUAUCUCCGGGAAAGGGAGGAGCAAAUGCUAGAUAUGAACAGAUCUACCAACUCUAGGAUGGCUUGGCUAAGUUUCCUCUCUCUUGCUGUCUGUCUUUCAGUGGCGAGCUUGCAGUUAUGGCAUCUGAAGACAUUUUUUGAGAGGAAGAAGCUGCUGUAAUUCAGCUUUCUAGUCCAUGAUUUCUGGAAUUGAUUUAUCCUAGGGUAUCGUGGAGGAUAAUCCAAGUUGCAGCUCUGAGAACCUGAUGUUCAACAUGGUGUUGUUCUACAGAUUCUUUUGUUUGAAAUCCAAGCCAUCGAGGUGACUCAAAUCUUUGAGUCUUCUAGUUGUCAUCUACUUGUAGACAAAAGUUGAUUGCAAACUGUUAAAUAUAUCGUACCUCAUAGACGAUAUAUCUACGUAGGACUAAUUUGCUUUUUCAAAUUUUAGAUGGAGAAUUUUGAUAUCAUCAUACUACUGACACUCGAGAAAUCUGAUUUAAUCUGAAAUUCCUUGUCCAA